UGCACACUGACUGCACUGCGCUACCCUCGUUCGCGAGUUUGGUGACGUCGCCUGCCCCUUGAACUCGUGAGCUCAAGGGGACCUCGGGGCCUCACGUCUCCUUAAAGCUUUCGAGGGUGCCAUUUUCGAAUGAUUUGGUGCCACCGGACAUUUAGAAGCAUGCUCAAGUGUUCGAUGCACCUUCAACUUCUUCGCCCGAGGCCAUUAGCUCGUAGUCACGAUCCUCUUGAACUCUGAGAUCGAGAGCGCCAUAUUUGGAAUAUACCUCAGAACACAGAGGGACGUGUCUCGAGCACCUCAUCUCACUAAAAACAAGAGAGGAAUAAAUACAGCCCUCCUCGUCCUCGUCCUCGUCCUCGUCUUCAACAAUCUAAGAGGAAAUAAAAUUCCAGUCACAGUUCUUUGCGGAGGUGCCAAACUUCUCGUACAGCAGCAAAGCACCCAAUCUCUCGUUGGUUCUUGGCACUGACUUCACGACAGCGAUGCAUUUGGCAAGAGGUGUGCGUCUACUGCACAUCCAUGCUUCGAUUUCACGCACCACGAAAGAAAGGGUGCAGGUUUCCGGCCGGUUUUGAAUUGUUCAAGUUUGCCGCGUUUGUCGAAAUUCAUGGCAGGGGAUUGCGGAGUGGGGAGGUAGCGCGGAGACUCCGCAGAAUUUGUGCCCCCAAAAUGAGGAAGGGCUCGAUUGGCAUGCCCAGACGGAUCCAAGAUCUGGUGGGUAAAGAAUUGUUUUUCCGUGGGCCGAGAGAACAGUCGCUUGCGUCUUCUCUUCCUGGCAUUUGCAUCGACAGCUCGGUGCCAUCUCACCGUCCGUCCGUCAGGCUCGCAGCAGCCGACAGCGCUCCUCUGGCGGUUGACGAAUAUAAUCACAGACGGAGGUUCCGUGUCAAAUUGGGGCGAGUUUCGACGUCUGAUGCGCUGGUUUUGCUUGAAAGCAUGGAGACGAGGGGCGGAGGGUCGUCCGGAAUGAGAAUCGGAUGCGCAGGAGGGAGGAAGUAGAUCUGCUGACGCACCGCAUCCUCUGAACUCGACGCGUUGGCCGAUACUGUGCAGAGGGAUGAUGCAGGUCCAGGCCCCCGGAGCUUGCGCCCUCGAUGCGAUCAUGGCGGGCUCGCAGAAGGGUCCCCGGGACGACGAGGCCCAGCACCUACAAGUGCACCCGCCUGCACCGCGCAGCUCACUGUCCGAGGGAUCGAUCCGCCCGCCCCGCCCUCCCCUGCCCAUCCGAAUCGACGAAUUUCAUCCUGGCAAGAGGUGGACUGUCAAUCUGGAACGAGAAGAAGAAGGGGACGAAGAAAAGGAAGAAGAAGAGGAAGAAGGGGACGAAGAAGAAGAAGAAGACGUCGACCAAGACGAAGGCCAACAGCCGAUCCUCGUGCGACCAGAGCAAGUUGCCAGAUUGGGCCCGUGCUGCGAGUCAGUGAUGUGAGCGGUGCCGGAUUGUGGAGAUUUCUGUGACCGGGAACCGAUCGAGAUCGCAGACGCAGGAGAGGUCUGCGGACGGGGCGACAUGUCUCGCGCGGGGUGCAGUAGGAAGUGCCUGAGCGACGACGAGGUGCUGUCGGUAGUGGGACCGCUUUCCCGAGGAGGCUCGUACCGAUCCGUGGUGUCGUUGGAUUCGGGGGAGCCCAGAAGAAAACCCAGCGGCAAGUGGAAGUUCCGAUACGGCUCGCCCAGUGUGAUCAGCCGCCUCUCCGACGAGGAGGUCCUGUCGGUGAUGGCGCCCAUCUCCAAGGGCUGGUACCGAUCCAGAUUGUUCAUGGAGCCAACGGAACAGAAAAGAAAGCCCAGCGGCAAGUCUCAGUCGCAAAAUAGAGCAGGAAAGAAAGUUGUAAAUGUUUGAUCUGUGUGAAUAGCUUGUAUGAUUCCUCGAGGAGCGUGGCUUCACCAUUUUGGGGUCGGGACCUCCGAAGCUUUUCACCCAAGGACCUCGUCUACUCGCCGAAAACUCGUCGCCCCUCGACCCGUUUUCCCCGAGUACAAGAGAGCCUUCGGUGAAGAGGUUUGUCUCUGCCUCCGUGCAGCUUCCGACGAUCGAUUGAUUUGGACCUCGAUCAGCCCGACGCCGAAGCUGCGUCCUGCACACUGCGAUCGAUCGAAUUUCCCCAAUUCGGGACAGGUGAACUUGAAGCCCCUUUUUCACUCCGCUCGAUAUGAAGUACUUUCAUCUCGGUUCAGCUCUGCACCCGAACUCCGAUGCACAUUUUGCGGAGAGUAUGAUUUUUCGGUGCUGGUUUUUAUGAAGCUGUUAGUCCGCGAGGACAAGAACCUGAUAUUUUCACGAGAUCGGGUUUGUGUCCGAUAUGCUUCAGGGCCGUUCAGGCCGAGUUCUGACACCUGCGUUCCUUGUCGGAGACAAAUUCGACGCUGGGGGGUGAUGAAAUCGCCGUCCUGGAAUUUUACUCGGCCGUCGAGAGCGUGGAGAGAGUACCUCCUUCACAUCGAUCGCGGAUCGGUCUCUGGAGUGUGAAAGCAGUUGAGAGGAAGCGAUUCUCGGAUCUCCACCGGCCGUUCAUCGAGGAUGGUUCGAGACAUUUGUUACGAACUCGUUAAACUUCUUCUUCUUUUUCUUCUUCUUCUUCUGUACCAAUGUGAACCAGUUCUCGAGGGGAAGACGGACGCUGGAUAACAUACAGUUUCGGUUCUGGCAUUCCAUUAGU